AUGAGCUUCUCGGUGCUGGAGCAGUUGCGUUCCGCGCAUGAGGACAUUGAGAACAUCGAGAAGGCCAUGAGCAUGGUUUUGAUGGACAAGCACAAGACUUCCAGAUCAGCAGUGACCUGCGAGCAUGCAUUAAAGCACCUGGUCGAGACAACGCAGCUGAAGUGCAAAACCGCCAUUGACAUUUACCAGGACAAGGAUGGGAUGCGUACAGAUGACAUCAACGCUCUAGCUGGACAGCGAGCAGACAAGAAGGGAGGCGACGUGUGGACUAGCUUCUACGACAAAGUCAAGGAAGUCAAGGAUUACCACCGCCGCUUCUCGGUGAACCAGGGCCUUCCGGAGCUGCAGAACUCGGAGUGGUUCUACCAGCGGGCCAUGGAGAACGACAAGACCGACAGCUUGUUCUCCGGAGAGGAAGACUACGGAAAGCGCGUGGACAUGCACGAGCUCUUCGUGACAUACCUCAACCUGAAGAAAAUCUCAACACUUAGGAAAGCCAACUUCAGACGGGCAACUUACGUGCGCCUGAAGAAGAAGACCGUUGACUUGGAGCCCGACGAUCCAGAGGUGGACAAGGUCGUGGAGAAGGAGUUCCAUGAGCUGGACUACAUCGAGUGGCUCAAGACCUUCGACCAAUUCCAUGAGAUCAGCAGGUACUGCAAAUUCCGUGACAAGAAUUACACGGAUUACCUCGAGGGCUUGAUUUCCUACCUCCGCGGCUUCUUGCUGCGGACGCAGCCCUUGAUCGACGUGAACAAGCUGGAGCAGCAGUUCGAGAAGGAGUUUGAAGAGCGGUGGAAUGACAAGAGCAUUCCCGGCUGGCAGACUCCCUCGCACAAGGAGGGCUUGUUCUGCCUGCCCUCCAGCAAGCUCUUCAACAAUGAGUCCACCAAGAAGCAUCACGAGAACGGCAAGUUCUACAAGAAGAAGCUGGAAGAGAUAACCAUUUGUCGCGAAGCCUUCGUCCCAUACGUCGAAUGCCUCGGCCUCUGCGACUCGCGGCUUUGGUGGCCGCAGCGCUUGGCGCUGCUUGGGUGGGGCCCAGCCGAGACCUCCGAGGCGGCCAGCACUGUUCAUGUGCUCGUGGGCCACGGAUUGGUUGAGCUCUGCCUCAUGGAAAGCAUCCGUCGCUUCCUGCAGCCCGUGCAGGACCGGUGCCAAAGCUGGCGCGUGCUGCUGGCGAGCUGUUGCUUGGUGUUGCUGAGCUGGCCCUGGGCUGCCUUUACGACCACCGCGAGCCAGCCGCGCCGCUUGGCUCGCUCCACGUGGCUGGGUCCGGCUGGUCCGGCCAUGGCGUGCGUGGCCGACGGCCGGGCGGCUUCGUUCAUUGCGGGGGCUGCGGUGUGUGCAGUUGCCUGCGUUGGGCUGCUGCGAGUGCGAAAGAAGCUCCGGUCAGCUCGUGCCGCUCAGAAGAAAGCGACGAGCCCUUCGGAGGACGAGCAUGUCAAAGAGCUCCUGGUGGACACCGCCAUCUUCAUGACUUGCCAGAUCCUGUUUCGAGUGACCAACUGCAGCAAUGCUGCCACCUGUGCCAUUUCGUGGGUGCUUCCCGCAGCACGCAUUUUCUACAUUGGCUUCAACGGCCUUUUGUUGGGCAGUAUUUUCUACUUGUGCAGAAAGGCGCGCCAGGUAGAUGGAGAAGAAGCUGCAAAGGAUGUGGCAAUUUUAGACAAGCGCCUGAAGAAGUUUGCUCUGAAAGCAAUUGUUUUGUAUGGUAUUCACUGGUACUUCGGUCUCAUGGCACCUUUGGUAGUUAGCUGCUUGAUCACAGGCUACGGACUGCCAUUCUUCAGAGACUACGAUCAUUCACUCUGGGCCAAGUACAGCGACCUGCGCUCUUGCAAGCUGCUGAUACGUGGCUGCACCUUAGCCUUCACGGCCGGGCUUUUUGUACCUCAGGUGCGGAAACUUGACAGCUACCAGUGGUACAUCGCCCAGGUGGACCGCUUCAACCCGGACAACAAACCGACCUCUACAGAGGUAGAGCUGAUGGCCAAGGUCGGGGAGAUGGCGAGGAAGGUGGGUGGCCAGGCGCUGGAUUUGGGCGGCGGCAGCGGCAACGACUUGCGCACCUUGCAGGCGGCGCAGCCAGCAAGUGUGCUUGUGGUGGAGCCCAAUCGCUUCACAUGGCCGCAGGCGGAAACGCAGGGCCGGGAGCUCGGCUUAGAGACGUCUUUCGCCGCAGAUCUGACAGAGGUGGGCUCGGCCAGCUGCGGGCUGCUGCUGACGCGGCGGGUGCUGUGCUCGGUGGAUGACCAGCGGCGCACGCUGGAGGAGAUCUUUCGGGUGCUGAAGCCAGGCGGCGUCUUCGUCUUCAUCGAGCACGUGGCCGCGGACACUGGAUCCACUUUGCGCACAACGCAGGAGAUCCUGCGUCCACUGCAGCAAGCUUUUGCCAACAACUGUGAUCCGGCACGCGACACCGGCAGCGCCAUCCGCGGCUUGCCCUGGGCCUCGCUGCAGCUGGAGGCCUACGACGAGGCCUUCAACGGCCCGCUGAGCCCGCGGGGAGUCCCGGAGUCCCGGCCACGCGCCGCGCGCCGAGCGGCGGGCGAGUCGCGCGCGGCGGUGUUCGGCCUAGAUCCGCAUCUGGUCCAUGCCAGGCAAAAGAUGAGCUUCGAGGACCAGAACAAGCUGGCGGACCAAACAGAGGAGGAGGACAAGCGCAUUGCUCGGCUGGAAAGCCGUGCGGCCAAAUGGCACGACUUGCUGAGCGAUGCGAUCAAUGAGACAGUCGCGCACCUGCAGAAGAAGCAGAGUCAGACCGUGGAGGAGAUGGAGGCCGAGAAGGAGGAGUCUGAUGACGACGAGGAGAUGGAAGACGACGGCGCCGACAUGGGCUCCAACCACGGUGAUGAUGAGGAGCGGCCCAUCUACAACCCAUUGAACCUUCCGCUAGGUUGGGAUGGCAAGCCCAUCCCAUUUUGGCUCUACAAGCUGCAUGGAAUGGGCAUCGAGUAUAAGUGCGAGAUCUGUGGGAACUACUCCUACUGGGGUCGAAGAGCCUUCGAGAGGCACUUCCAGGAGUGGAGACAUGCCUUUGGCAUGCGCUGUCUGAAGAUUCCCAACACAGCGCACUUUAAAGAGAUCACGAAGAUCGAGGAAGCCAUCACGCUCUACGAGAAGCUGAAGCGCGAUGCGGAGGAGCAGACCUUCCGGCCGGACCAGGAUGUUGAGUGCGAGGACAUCCAGGGAAACGUCAUGAGCCAGAAGGCCUUUGAGGACCUGAGGCGGCAGGGUCUGGUUUGA